AUGUCGGGAAGGAUUCAAACACGAGGUGGUAGGGGUGGAAGGCAAGGUCGAGGUCGCUGGGUUGUACAUGAGGUACCGGUCCACGAGGUCCCGGUACAAGAAGAGGGUAUAGGCCAAGCUGACAUGGCUGAACAAAUGGGGCAAGCGGAGGUGCCGGGGCAAGCCGGUCAAGUCGCAAUGGGGGCUCUAGCCCAGGAGAUAACGGGGGCAUUGAGGGAGUCCAUGAACAUACUUAGGAUGGAGACUCAAGCCAGGGAGAAUGUUGCGAAGACAAGGGCGAGCUUCCUCACAAGGGAGUUUUUGUGGGCCAAGCCAGAUGAAUUCCAUGGCAGCCUCGAGCCAAAGAAAGCAGAUGAAUGGCUUGAACAAACCGUGAAGACUUUCGAGAUGCUUCACAUCGAUGAUAACAAGUUGAAGGUGACCCUUGCUAGUUAUUAUCUCAAGGGUGACGCAGGCCAAUGGUGGAAGUAUGACAAUGGCCGUAUAGAACCAUCAUGGGAGGCAUUUGUGGUGGCCUUCCAAGACAAGUAUUUACCUCGUACUACUAGGGAGAGGUUGAGGCAGGAAUUCAAGGACCAUAAGCAAAUAAAUAUAUCCGUGGCCGAAUUUGAAGCGGUCUUUUCUAGUUUGUCCCGGUUUGCACCGGAAUUGGUAGCGACGGAGGAGCGCCGUUGCUUUGAGUUCGAGCAGAGGCUGAGGACGAAGAUUUUUUUCAAGGUUAUCGGGAACAUGAUUCAGAAUUAUGAUCACCUCGUGGAGGCAGCUGCACAUGUGGAAAUUAUUGUGGAGACCAAAAAUGAGAGACUUCAGAAUUUGAGGUCUAGGGGCCAAGGGUCACAAGGGGACUUUAGGCCCAACAAGAAGAGUGCAUCUCAUUCUUUCAUAUCUGCUGCAUUCGCAUCUGCAUUGGGGCUAGAGGUGACACUGUUAGCAUCUCCACUCAGAGUAAAGUCUCCUAUUGGGGGUAUCAUUGACUUAGAUCGGGGAGACCGGGUUGAUAGGGUCUUGUCACUAGUAUUCGAUCCUUGUAGUAGGAACGAAGUUAGUGGCCUUCUUGCUACUCUUUUGGUUAGUGAGAGUGGCAGGACUCGAGUUGAGUUGCCAAAAGUGGUUUGUGAAUACUCGGGCGUGUUUCCCAAGGACCUUACUAGUUUGCCACCGCACUGGGAUAUUGAGUUCACCAUCGACUUAGUGGCUGGAACGAUACCAAUUUCUAUGGCGCCAUAUAGAUUUGCACCCGCGGAGUUGCACGAGUUGAAGAUUCAACUCCAAGAGCUUCUAGACAAGGGCACAUUCGCCCUAGUAUGUCACCAUGGGGAGCACCGGCUCUUUUUGCGAUGA